AUAAAGGCUUAUAAUAAGUCAUAUCUCUCCCUCAGCAGGUCGCUCCAUGUGGACAGUCCCCCCCUGGUCCCGGGGCAGAGCUGCAGCUACGUCCAUGGGGCGUCCUCAGUGUCCCUGCUGGGCCAGACGGUUGGUCAGAGUCUGCAGGCGGCAGCUGACCGCUGGCCCCACAGAGAGGCCCUGGUGUUCCUGCAGGAUGGGGUCCACAAAACCUUCGCCCAGUUUCAGGAGGAUGUUCCUCCUGCCAGGCUACCAGACCUGUGUAUGGUGAUAGUGUCAGACAGCAGACAGACAGGGACUGUACAUGUAGAGGACGUGAUGCAGGCUGGAAGCAGACAGCACCACCAGGAGCUGCAGGACCUGCAGACCAAACUGUCCUUCGACGAUCCCAUCAACAUACAGUUCACGUCCGGAACAACAGGAAGUCCUAAAGGUGCCACCCUCUCCCACCAUAACAUCGUCAACAAUGCCUAUUUCGUAAGUCUACGGAUGGGAUUCAACUGGAGGACUAUAAAAAUGUGUGUUCCUGUACCUCUGUACCACUGCUUUGGCUCAGUGAUAGGAGGGAUGUGUAUGGCACUGCAUGGCAUCACCCUGGUCUUCCCCUCUGCUGGGUACGACAGCCGUGCCAACCUGGAGGCCAUCCAGAAUGAAAGGUGCAAUUUCCUCUACAGCACUCCUACCAUGUACAUUGACAUGCUUGGACAGCCUGACCUUCACAAGUACGACCUGUCAUCAGUUGAAACUGGUGAGAGAUUUGAAGAUGAAGCAAUGUUUAUUGAUAUAGCCAGUCUGGACAGGUUUGGGUACUGCCGUAUAGUGGGACGUAUAAAGGACAUGAUCAUACGUGGAGGAGAGAACAUCUACCCUGCUGAGAUAGAGCAGUUCCUUCACACCCAUUCCAAAGUACAGGAGGCCCAGGUGAUAGGUGUGAGAGAUGAGAGGAUGGGGGAACAGGUGUGUGCCUGUAUCAGACUGAAGGAGGGGCAGGACUGUAGCAGAGAGGAGAUCAGAGACUUCUGCAAGGGACAGAUUUCUCACUUCAAGAUCCCACACUAUGUGGUGUUUGUGGACAGCUAUCCACUGACUGCCUCUGGAAAGAUCCAGGAGAUCAAACUGAGGGAGGAGAUGGAGAAGAAGCUGGGUCUUUGA